AUGUGUUCCACACAUCCUGCGCAGGACAUCACAGUCAUAUUCGAUGACGAAGCUGCCACAGAAAUCAGAACACAUUCUGUUCUUCUGAUGUUGGCUUCUCCAGUCUUCCACAAGAUGUUUACGCAGGAGAUGAAGGAGAAGCAAAGUCAUCGAAUCGAAUUGCCUGGCAAAAGCCCAGAGGAGUUCAAAGUUCUACUGGAUUUUCUCGAGCCCGGAACCGGUCGGCUGCAGAAGAUUUCGGAUGCGAACGUGGGCUUUCUAUCACGUUGGUCAGAUGAAUAUUGCAUGGAGAGUUUGCAUACAGAAUGCAUUGACUUCAUAAAGGAACAGCCAGCAACAGUUCCUCGCGUGGUCCUAGCUCAUUGUUUAGGUCUCCAUGACUAUGCGACGAGUUGUAUUGAUCAUCUGCUGCGCUCUGGCCAAACGGACUGGAAGGACUGCUAUGACUAUCCGGAGCUGGUUCAGAGGGUGCUUGAGCGCACUUUCGUAAACGUGAAAAGAUGGCACCCUGUCUCACCACCACCGCAACCGCAACCGUCGUAUUGGAGGUCUCAAUGAACACUCUUUUUGCAGGAGAGACAUGUAAAGGAUUCGAAAGCUUCAGGAUUUUGAACAGUUUCAGACUGUUUUGCGGCUGGAACGCUGUGCGUUCGACUGAAAGGCCCGGGGUGGCUUCAAUCCGCAGCUCGUGCAGUUGGAACCUUUGCGGCCAAAAAGUCGUGGAAAAGUUGGGACUUGUAAGAAACCUGGAGCAAGAGAGGACCUAUCAGAAUACGCUAGAAAUCAUUAGAACACCUUAGUAACAUGGCAAAGCCAAACAUACCGAACCCCCCAAUGUUUCCAGAUAUGGCAUAUGGGUGGUGUAAAGCAUCCCAGAUAGCUGGUCCCGUUGAGGAUGCCACCGGAGCUGGAUUUCAACAAGUUGUACCACCUUGAAUGGCAAUUUUCC